UGCAUAUCACCUGGACCAGGAAAUAGGCCGAUCCUUUCUUCAGAAAGAAGCCAAGCCUCAUAUACCGCCUGGCCUACCCGAUCAACGACCCGGAUCUCGCACACCCUUGCCAUGCUGGCAGACCGACCAGCCUGCGUGUAUCAUUCUGAUCAUACUCACGAGUGUCGUGAUGGGCCUCACUGCAGAUGAUGGAUACCUUGAAAACCCCUCAAAUUGAACUAAUUCAAUCCAUCAAGUAUUCAAGGCGAAGGAGACCGUCCAAGCUCAAGGUAAAAGAUUCAAAUGAUAAACGUGUUGAAAUAUCCUACUAAAAGAUAUUUAUGUCCGUAGAAUCCCCCAUCAACGUGAGCCCCAUAAUAUAAACGGUUUGGAUCAUUGAUAUAUGACCCAGAUCCAAAGGCUGAAGUCUCGACGUACCCUAUUUGAAUAUGUCUAGAUGUAUUGUAACAGACCUCCAUUGCCCGCUCUCUCCGCUCUUCACAGACACCCGUUGGGAAGACAUGUAUUUUCAGUAGUCUUCCUUCCCAACUCAAAAAUAUUGAGAGAGAGAGAGAGAGAGAGAGAGAGAGAGAGAGAGAGAAGACUCUACUACCCUUUCUCUACGUUGGAUUCGAUUUCUGCAAUUUCCAUAGAAUUUCUCGAUCGACUCAUGUCGCCAUUUCCUUUCAUUCCCACCCUUUCAGUUCGAGUUUUUUCAGCUCCAUCGACUCAACUCCAUCCUUUCCACAGAAUUUCGGUCCUACUCAAAUCCCAAUCUCCAUUCAUUUCACUCUCAUUUCCUCACCCGUUUGGAUCACCUUCUUCGAGUAAUGUAAGCUUACCCAAAUCACAAUCUCCAUCAAUCUCACUUCCUCUAAUUACACCAUUCUAUUUCUUGUUUUCUUCUCUACUCUCAUUUUCAGUUCCACCCCAUUGUUCCCAAACACAAUUACAUCAACCCACGUCGCCGUGUUAUACUUUCACUUCGAUCCCAACUAUUCGAUCGCAACCGUCAAUCCCAUGUCGCACUUUCGGUCUGGACUUGAAUUUACCCACGUCACAAUUCCCAUUUACUGGAAUUCAUAUGAGCCGGGUUCUUUCGCACUUGUCUUCUUCGGAAGCGGAAACUCUCACUUCAGAUCGAUGUGGUGAUGAUAGUUCGAGUCUUACAACCGAUGCUGAUAAAAUGUACAAAUCCAUUAUGGAUAAUUGUAAUUAUGCGGAUCUAAGAAUGGAGGCUGCCCUUGUAUUAGUUGGUGUAAAAUUGACCCCUGAACUAGUCGAUGAAAUGCUUCAGAGACUCCGUUAUGAGGAAAAAGCUGCCUUCAGAUUUUUCAGGUGGGCAGGCCAUCAAGAAGGCUAUGCCCAUCAGCCAAAGGCUUAUACCGACAUGAUCGAUAUACUAUCAAGCACGAAAUACAAAGCAAAACAGUUUGGCAUUGUCUGCGAUAUCUUGGAUUACAUGAAGAGAACGAACAAGGAUUCAGUGCCCAUCGAGAUUCUCCUCACGAUACUGAGAAAAUACACUGAAAAGCAUCUGACCCAUUUGCAGAAAUUCACGAAGAAGAAGCGGAUACGGGUGAAGACGCAACCAGAAAUCAAUGCAUUUAACUUGCUGGUGGACUCUCUAUGCAAGUGCAGUCUUGUUGAAGAGGCUGAUGCCAUGUUUAUUAAAGUGAAGGAUAGGCUUGGCCCAGAUGCGAACACAUACAAUAUUUUGUUCUUCGGCUGGUGCCGAGUGAGAAACCCAAUUAGAGGAAUGAAAGUCUUGGAAGAAAUGAUUGAAAUGGGCCACACGCCGGAGAAUUUCACUUACAAUGCUGCAAUCGAAACAUUUUGUAGAGCAGGGAUGGUGUCAGAGGCAUCCGAACUCUUUGAGUUCAUGCGUACAAAGGGUUCGACCAUGUCUUCUCCUACUGCCAAGACAUACUGUAUUAUGAUAGUGGCACUUGCUAAGUUUGACCGAAUGGAUGAGUGUUAUAGGCUACUCGCUGAUAUGAGAAAUAGUGGGUGUCUUCCUGACGUGUCAACUUAUAAGGAACUGAUCGAGGGGAUGUGUUUGGCAGGAAAAGUUGAGGAAGCUUACAAGUUCUUGGAAGAGAUGGGAAAUAAAGGCUACCCGCCCGAUAUCGUUACUUAUAAUUGUUUCUUGAAGGUUCUUUGCAAUCUUAAGAGGUCCAAUGAAGCAUUGAGGCUUUUUGGGAGAAUGGUUGAAUUGGGCUGCGAGCCCAGCGUGCAGACAUAUAAUAUGCUAAUUACAAUGUUUUUUGAGAUGGGUGUGCCAGAUGGAGCAUUUGAUUCAUGGAAUGAGAUGGAUAAGAGGGGCUGCUUACGGGACACCGAUACUUACUGUGUGAUGAUUGAGGGGUUGUUUGGUAACGAUCGAGCAGAGGACGCUUGCUUUCUUUUGGAAGAUGUAGUGAACAAUGGGCUGAAAUUGCCAUAUCAGAAGUUUGACAACUUCCUGAUGCAGCUUUCGAAGAUGGGUAAUCUCCAUGCUAUCCAUCGGCUUUCAGAGCAUAUGAGAAGGUUUUAUAACCCUGCCAUGGCUAGACGUUUUUCUAUUAGUGAAAAGCGGAAGAGCAUGAGUUUGAGAAGGAAGUAAAGCUCGAACGAAUUCAAAUGAAAUUGUUGAAGCAUUUCCAGUCUAGAAGGUGGAAACUGGAAAGGACUAACAAAGACAUGUUCUCAUGCACCUUUUGACCACCAACUCUGUCGAAAAUAGGAAUGGUUAGCAGCUUCCUGUUGCAACUAGCACCUUUUGGUUAUCUUUUAUUGAAAAGGCAACAGUUGAUUGAGCCAUAUACACUGUCAUCAGAUAAAUUCUGAUCUUUCAGCAAUCAGUGUUCCUCUGUUGUAACAUAGCAGAAGCUCUUGGAGACCUGGCAUUGGAUGUUGGAUUGAUGUUGCCUUAUCAUCAUGACUGAUAUGCUGCACAUGUGAACUCUGGUGGCCCUUUUGUUUCCAGUCCAAGUAACAUUCAAACGGAUGACAAUCUGUGAUGACGAAAGCCUUUAGUGGAAGCUGAUGCAUUUUUGGUGUCAAAACCAUUCAUUCUUAAAUUGCUUUGUAAAGCAAGAAGAUGGUUAUUGCUUUUAGUUCUGCUGUAUACUGGUAUCAUAAAUGGGAUCAGAGAGUCGCAAGUUUUGAUAGCUUAUGUAGUUUAGUUCAAUUUUGGUAGGUGCCAUAUUUCAUGAAAUUUUGUGUUUGGAUGUAUCACGUAAAUAGAUGUGACUGUGAAUGAUCACUUCAUGAGACCAAUUUUUUUAACAAACCUUUUCAAUUUUC